UUCCGUUUGUGAAACGCUGGGUUCUUUUUGUAAGAUGGAACAAUUCGAUUAUUAGGCCUAAUCAUAAUUAAUGUUUCCAUUUCGACUCGUCUUUUAUAGAAGUGGAAGUGGCUUUAUUGGAAGCAAAUUCUUUCCCCCAGGUACCUGAUCAAAUACAUUAGUAGAUUACCAUGAAUAGACCUACCAUAUUUUAGUUUUCACAAAUCAAACUUCACCAGUUCAUCAGCUGACAAAAUUUAAAAAGUUUGUGACAUGUCGGACUAUGGAAGAUAUGGUGAUGGUUAUGGACGUAGAGGUCAAGGUUACAGGGGAUACAAAGGUCGAGGUCGCGGCUACAGAUAUAAUGAUAAGGAAUAUUCAGAAAAUAAACAAAGAGACUAUGAAUUUGGAGGUCACAGAGGUUACGACAGGGAAGAAGGUCAAGGUCAUAGGCAUGAAGGAGGAGGAGGGGAUAGAGGAAGAGGAGGAAGAGGAAGACCACCUGGGUUGAAGGGACGAGAUAUUGGGUUGUGGUAUGCUGCCAAAUCAAGGGCCAAGAAAGAAAAAACAGAACGUUGUCAUAGACCAGUCGUACAUAUGAACAGAACGGAAGAAAAGGAAAUCAGAUCUGUUUUAAAUAAUUUCGACAUCAAGCCACCUGUAUCUUUAAAAAAACAUUCUUACAAUCUAAGGGAUUCCACAUCCAAGAGUAAACAAAAUUCCUACGAGCCAACUGAAACAAAGAUAUCCUACGGUAGUGACUGGUUCGACAACUGUGAUCAGAAAUCAGAAUAUUCAGAACCAUUGAAUCUGGAAACGGGAGCAGCUUCCAGUAGUUAUUCAGCGGCAUCACAGCAAGGUUUAGGCAUAGGAUCACAAUACAGCGGUGAUAAAUCGGAAGGUAUUCAUACACGCUUUACACAGGAAGAUGACGAAGAUUUAGAUAUUUCAGCUUUUAAAGAUAUGGUAGAACUCUCUAAAUUUGAAUCAGACUUCAUCGAAUUGGACUCUGACGUCAGUGAAUUUUACGCCUUCAGUCCGUCUAGUGAGUUGGAUAGUUUGUAUAAAUCUGAACUGGAAAACAAAAAUAUGCGACCAGAAUAUCAAAAAAUGUUGAAAUUUCGUGAAAAACUCCCGUCCUUUAAGAUGCAGGAUGAAAUAAUCGAGACGUUGGCUAGAAAUCAGGUGGUUGUCAUCGGCGGUGAGACAGGAUGCGGAAAGACAACUCAGGUUCCCCAGUUUAUUUUGGAUGAAGAAAUACGUCAAGGUCGCGGGUCGCAGUGUCACAUCAUCUGUACUCAGCCCCGUAGAAUCAGUGCUAUAUCGGUUGCCGAAAGGGUCGCUCAAGAACGUGCGGUCCGAUGUGGGGGAGAGGAUGUAGGGUAUAUGAUAAGGUUAGAAAGUCGUUUGCCAAGACCUCGCGGUUCAAUCCUCUUCUGUACAACCGGAUGUGUUUUGAAAUUUCUUGAAUCUGAUCCAUCCUUGACCAGAGCUACGCAUGUUAUUCUUGAUGAAAUCCACGAACGCGAUUUACACUCCGAUUUUUUGAUGAUUAUUCUCAAAGAUCUUCUUCCCAAAAGACCAGACAUUAAAGUUAUUCUAAUGAGCGCCACCCUGAAUGCGGAGAUGUUUUCUGGAUAUUUCCACAACUGUCCGAUGCUGCAUAUCCCCGGAUUUACGUUUCCCGUUGAAGAAUAUUUUGUUGAGGAUGUUUUAGAAAUGCUUAAUUAUCGCGUUGAAGCGGCUCAGUCUCGUCCAAAACGCCUAUUUGGACUGAAGAAACAUGAGGCACAAAACAGAAUUCAGCUUCAAGAAUCCUGGCUGCAAACAAUAAAGGGAGAUUACUCUUAUAACACAAUCAGUAGUUUACGCAACUUGAUGGCUGAUGAGGAUAAAGUCAAUAUAAAUCUAAUUUCUAAUUUAAUUACGUAUAUUGUUCAAAACAAACCAGAUGGCGCUAUUCUUGUGUUCGUUCCCGGCUGGAGUGAAAUCAGUAAUUUAAACAAAUGUCUGUUGGAUCAACCAAUGUUCAACUCUAGUAACUUUAGAAUUAUCCCCCUUCAUUCCCUCAUGCCAACUGUGAACCAAAAACAGGUCUUUGAUAGACCUCCCCCUGGUGUACGUAAAAUCGUCAUAGCAACAAAUAUCGCGGAGACUAGUAUCACCAUAGACGAUGUUGUGUACGUGGUCGAUGCUGGCAAAAUUAAAGUUAAAGAUUUCGAACCCGAGAACAACCUGAGUACUUUGGAAUCGAAACAAGUAUCGUUAGCCAACGCCAAACAAAGACGUGGACGGGCAGGAAGAGUGCAGCCUGGGGUAUGUUAUCGUCUCUACACACGACAAGAAGAAUCCAUGAUGAUUGAUUGUUUUCCUCCGGAGAUGCUCCGAACGCGACUAGAGGAAGUCUGUCUCCAAAUAAAGAUCCUGAAAUUAGGAAAGAUUUUACCGUUUGUUAGUAAAGCCAUGGAACCACCUUCAAUUCUAGCUCUAGAUCAUGCCAUUACAACACUUCAAGAUUUGAACGCUCUCGAUAAGCACGAGGAGUUAUUGCCCUUGGGAUAUCAUCUAGCGAGAAUGCCUGUAGAUCCUCAUACCGGUAAAAUGAUUCUAUUUGGAGCAAUGUUUGGAUGUCUCGAUCCAGUAUUAUCAGUCGCGGCCAGUUUGAGUUAUAAGAAUGCUUUCUAUACGCCACUUGGUAAAGAAUCGGAAGCAGACGAAGCUCGUCGUCUGCUCUCCGCUGACAGUCAUAGUGACCAUAUACUCCUUAUCAACGCGCUUAAAAAAUGGGAGAAAGCUAAAUCCAAUGGAAACGAAUACCAAUUCUGUCGGGAAUUCUUUCUGUCGGUAAAUGUUCUCAGGUUAUUAAAGGAGAUGAAAAAACAACUGGCUAAACUUUUACAGGAAGUUGGUUUUACUACAAGUUCGGAUCCCAAUGAUCCGUCUGCCAACAUCCAUUCUAGUAAUCUGAGUCUAAUCAAAGCAGUUGUGUGUGCCGGACUGUAUCCAAAUGUUGCAAAAAUCGGCAAAACACCCAGAGCGUCAGGCAAAGGGACAACGACUGUAAAAUUGAAUCUAAAAGGCGGUCAAAAGGCCGCCAUGCAUCCCGUGUCAGUUAACGCAAAAUGUAGUUCGUUUAAAUCGCGGUGGGUUAUUUUCCACCAGAUGUUAAAAACUAGUGCUAUUUAUGUCCACGACUGUACAACGAUUUCUCCGUAUCCUCUGUUGUUUUUUGGUGGGGAUAUUCGGCUAAUUUAUGACGAGGGUGAUUGUGUGUCUGUUGAUGAUUGGAUAGUUUUCAAGGCCUCUCCCGAAACUGCUCAACUCGUGAAAGAUAUGAGAUUUCAGUUGGAUCGUCUGUUGGAAAGAAAGAUAACUCGUCCAGGAUCGACUGAUUGGUCGACGGGAAGUAAGGAAUCCAAAUUGAUGAACGUUAUAAUAGAUUUAAUCACCAAAGAAGAUGAUCAAAUAAACUGGGCAGAUGAAGAGGCUGAUUAUUAGAGACUACAGUAAAGUGAAUUGAGACUUGAUUAUCCAUUACUAAACAUAACAUGUUGUUAAAGAGGCUAUACAUACACAUGUAUACCCAAUUCAUUUGGGGGGGUUGGAUGGCUGAAAGGUUAGCAUGCGCGCGCUGUAUCAUAAAGUCUGUCAUUGAGUCGACUGGCGUGGUUUUGAAUCCCCGGUUGUACGUGGCAAGGAGUAGGGUCGCCUGUCCAACCUCCGGGGUUUUCUCCGGGUCCUCCGGUUUCCUCCCACUGCUAAAGACCCCUACGCACAAGCGAAUUAUGUAAAUAAAAUUAAACCAUAUGUUAGUCUCGAAAUGACCUAGUUUGUGUCGAGUGGACAUUAAAUCCCAUUUCUCUCUCCCUCCCAAUUCAUUUUAAAUAAAAAAAAUGUUGUUUAUUUACUUAAUGAUGUAUUUUGGGAGCCGACAGUUCUCACUAUAAUAGUUAAAACAUAGAUACUUAAAGAUACAUUAUAGGAGAUUAAAGAUACAUUAUAGGAGAUUAAAGAUACAUUAUAGGAGAUUAAAGAUACAUUAUAGGAGAUUAAGGAGCUCACAGUUCUCACUAUAAUGGCUAAAAAAUAGAUAAUGUAAAUAGAAUAUGCUUAAAAUUUCAGUCAAAUUACUUCACUCGGUGCCCAGAAAACCUCAUUGUCAUUGUUACCACUGUAACGAUAAUGAAGAACGUCUCGAUUAACCAUUUUUGCGGUUAAUUAACAGUGGGCAUUGAACCGCAGAUCGGAUUCAUAUCUAAUGAAACUCAGAUAUAUAAGAUGGAAUCGAGAGUUGAUUAUGGUCUUGUCGUGUUAAUAAAUGUCUAAUUAAUAGUUUAUAUAACAUUUCAGGCCUAAAGAAAGACCUGUAAUAGGCAGAUUUAUCCCUUGUAUAAUGUAUGUUUUAAGAAAGGUAUUAUGAAAACUGUGUGAGUAUGUACUUAUCAC